AGCACUACAUGGAACGAGAGGUUAUGGUGGAGGCACCAUUGCAUGCAAAGUCUAUUACAUUCGAAGUUCAGUGUAAGACGUCGAAAGGUUCGGUUCGACCCAUUGGGUCGGCCAGAAUAGCCAUUUCGGAUGUUGUGCCAAAGGACGAGGCAUGUUCGGAGGUGUUGAGUUAUAGGUUGAGGAAUUGGGAAGGAAGGAGAAGCGGGGUGAUCAGUUUCUCAGUGAAGAAGAAGAAGGAAGGAGAAGAAAAAGAAGAAGAUGAUGAUUCAAAGUGCUCGGGAAAGCAAAAUUAUGGGGGUUUCGAUCAUCAUAUGAAUGUUCCAAAUAAUGGGGUCGUCUUGGGCAUUCCUGUUUGGUGGAAUCAUCUUGGCUUACAUGUUUGAACGACUUCAAAAUAUAAUUUCCUUAUUAAUGCUUGCUUUGUAUUUAUUCUUGCUUCUAUUCAUAGUUGUGGUGUUUACUCUCUUUUUCAUCAUGUUUUAUCAUUGAUAAUGGCGUCUAUAUGUAUAAACAAACAUUUACAAGGUA